UUGUAGUUCCCACAACUGCUUGGGAGCGCCUCGGCCCCAUGGGGCUCUUGGACUAGAGAUUAUGACUUCAAGCUGGGCCCAAAGCUGGCCCAGCCUGCAGGACACCGAUGCCAGAUAGGCAUUGAUGUGGGCCCUUCGUCAGGGAUGGAGCAGUUCUUUCUUUAUUGGGAAGCUAGCGGCGAGUCGCGCUCCAGGCGCAAGGCAACUCCCACUGAUUCGAUCUUUUGCUAUGCGAAUACCGGCGCAUCGUUUUCAGCGUGAAAUUCCAGAGGACUUGGAGCCCAUUCCUAUUGCUAUCAUUGGGAGGCCCAACGUCGGGAAGUCCACACUCUUCAACCGCUUGCAGACCGGCACCCGCAAGCAGAAGAAGAAAAAUCCCGUCGACAACCGAGCUAUCAUUAGCGACCGGGCAGGAACCACACGCGACCGCAAAGAUGCGCUCGCAGUGUUUGGCGGGUUGUUGCUUCGGGUCAUUGAUACGGGGGGCUUGGAGACGCCCAAAGAGACGUCGAACAGCUCCUUGUUGCAGUCGAUGCAGGAACAUGUCUGGAAAGCUGUGGCGGAGGCGCAAGCCAUUCUCUUUGUGAUUGAUGCUCAGGAGGGCGUGACGCCCGCUGAUGAGCAUAUUGGGAAGAUGCUGCGGGAAGGUGCUGUGAAUGCAGACAAGUACCGCGACCUGUUCAAAACCAACACUCCCAGAGAAGUGCCGAUCAUCCUGAUUGCAAACAAAGCUGAGCAUGGGUUUAUCGGGCCAUACUUGAAUGAUUGCUACGAGCUGGGUGUGGGAGAUCCGGUCCUCAUGUCGGCUAAGCAGAACCAGGGCACAGAGGAUCUUUAUGAUCGGCUGGUUCUGGAAGUGGGUCACCUUCAGCAGCGAGAGGAAGAGAUCAAUCCAGGCACUGCUUUCCUUAACCACGACUACAUGGAGGAGGGGGAGGAAGAGGUCGAAAAUGACGAGGACAUUGAGGUCGACGUGGAUGAUGAAUCGCAGCCUGAAGUUCCUGAAGGCCCCACGCUUCCUUGGCUGUCACCAGAGAUGACCGAACACCAGCGGACCUCAUUGAGGUUCCUUGCUCACCAUCCGGCGGAUCCUUUGGGAGACCUGGACCCGGGCCUAAAGGCUGCAGUGCUACACAAAGAUCCGGGGAAGUAUUGGCUGCAGGCACCUCAAAGAGCUCUUCCAACCAAAGAGGCACGAGACUAUGUCUUGCAGCAUCGGCGUGCUGAAGAGAUGGACAAUGCCAUGAAGAUUGCACUAAUAGGAUCACCAAGUUCGGGUAAGUCAAGCAUCAUCAACGCCUUGCUCCAAGAGGAGCGAUGCAUCGUUGAUGAGAAUGACGGGACGACGAUGGACUCUAUAAUCACCAACUGGACUUUCAAAGAGCAACCGGUUAAGCUCAUCGACACGUGUGGUGUGGGCAGGAAGUUCACUUACCCUGGCUUCAAACCAAAGGAGUUUAUGGAGCCGGGCAUGGGCACUAAGAAAGCCAUCAACCGGGCACACGUGUGCGUUUUAUGUUUGGAUGCCUCACGCUUCCAGAAGCUGGCCGGGGCGGGCUUUCACUGUCCAAACAAAAUGGAGGUGCAUUUAGGGAACUAUGUGGUAGAGGAGGGCAAGUGCUUGGUCAUCGCAGUGAAUAAGUGGGAUUUGAUCCAUGAGAAGGACCAGCCAAAGUUCCGAGAAGAGAUCCUGAGCAGGAUCCAAGAGAAGUUUGGAAUAGUGAAGGGCGUCCCGGUGAUCUUCAUGUCGGCUAAGUACAACCUGAAUUUGCCGACCCUGAUGACCCGCAGCAUGGCGCUCUACAAGCGCUGGAGUGCUCGCUUGCCCACCAGCAGGUUGAACAGCUGGCUGCAGGCUUGGAUGCUACGGUGGCCACCCCCGUGGAAAGACGGUCAAAAGUGCAAUGUCAAGUACAUGACACAGACCCGAGCGCGGCCUCCCACUUUCGUGCUUUGGACGAACUCCACAUAUGGGAACUUCCCCGAGAACUACCUGCGACACAUGCGGAAUGGCAUGCGCGAUGAGUUCCGCAUCAGUGGUGUGCCGAUCCACUUCAUGAUCCGCUCCACCUGUAUGCCAAAACCACGAAAGAAGAUGACCAAGGCGGAAGUGCUGAAAUGGAAGCGAAUGGGGCCUAAACAGGCAAAAGUUGCAAUGAACCUCAACAAGAAGAGGAUGCCACGGCCAUUGAAGCAAAUUGAUUGAAAACGGAACUGUCAAAUUGAUUGUGACAGAAG